UUUUCAACCGAAGAUCGUUAAUACAUCUUUAUUCUCGAAGUAGAGCAUAAUUUAUACCAAAUCAAUAAUUUCUAAUUUUACAUAACAACACAUAAGCGUAAUUGUGUUAAAUAUUAACGUACAACAAAAUGAAUGAGUUUAAGUUACGUAUGCCUAAAACACCAAAUGGAUUAUCCGUUGGUGUUUCAUGCGUUGCAGCGGCCGGCAUGGCGGUUUAUGGCAUUUCGAGGGCUAUGUACACAGUGGAGGCUGGUCACAGAGCAAUCAUAUUCUCCCGUUUAGGAGGUAUUCAGCAAGAUAUUUUGACUGAAGGCCUUCAUUUUCGUGUUCCAUGGUUUCAUUGGCCAAUUAUUUAUGACAUCAGAAGCAGGCCUAGGAAACUUUCUUCUCCUACAGGAUCCAAAGACUUACAGAUGGUCAAUAUUUCUCUUCGUGUCCUUUCUCGUCCUGAUGCAAACAGCUUACCCACAAUAUAUCGCCAUUUAGGUCUUGAUUAUGAUGAAAAGGUUUUACCAAGCAUUUGUAAUGAAGUAUUAAAAUCAGUUGUUGCAAAGUUUAAUGCAUCUCAGCUGAUUACACAGAGACAACAAGUAUCAAAUUUAGUAAGAAGAGAAUUAACUGAACGUGCAAGGGAUUUCAACAUUGUUUUGGAUGAUGUGUCAAUAACUGAAUUAAGUUUUGGUAAAGAGUACACUGCUGCUGUAGAGUCCAAGCAAGUUGCUCAACAAGAGGCACAAAGAGCAGCUUUCUUUGUAGAAAAAGCAAUACAAGAAAAACAACAGAAAAUUGUUCAGGCAGAGGGUGAAGCAGAAGCUGCAAAAAUGCUUGGUUUAGCUCUUAGUCAAAAUCCUGGGUACUUAAAAUUACGAAAAAUUCGAGCGGCGCAAAGUAUUUCUCGCACGGUAAAUAUAACAAAUUUGUGUAUUCCCAGUAAUUGA